AUGGUCACGCAAGGUCGCCCGUUGGAGGGCAAGUUCGGCAUCGUCACCGGCGGAUCGCGGGGUAUCGGCGAGGCCAUCGCACACAAUCUAGCUGCCAAGGGAUGCAACCUCCUCCUCAAUUUCACGUCCGACUCUUCUCGUGCACACACCGAGGAGCUUUGCGCCUCGCUAGCCUCGACGCACGGUAUUCGUUGUGACAACGUGCAAGCCGACCUCAGCAAACCCGAGGAAGCCUGUCAGGCCAUCCUUGAUGCAGCCAAGAAGAGCGCCGGAACAUCGGACAAAUUCCAGAUCGACAUUCUCAUCAACAAUGCCGGCGUGGCGGGUGACAACAACUUGAACGACCCCGUUCGCGGCCCUAUCCGCGUCGAACAAUUCAACUGGAUGUACACGAUCAACGUGCUAGCUCCUCUGCUUCUCACGCAGGCCGUUGCACCUUACCUCCCUACCGAUCGAAGUGGUCGCAUCAUCAACAUCUCCAGCGUCUCGUCCCAGAUGGGCUUCGUCGGUCAGACUAUCUACGGUGGCACCAAGGCUGCGCUGGAGUCCAUGACUCGCACUUGGGCACGCGAGCUCGCGGAUCGCGCGACUGUCAAUGCGAUCAAUCCGGGGCCGGUGGUGGGAGACAUGUACUUUGCAGCUGGCGAGAAUUUCUGGCGUGAUAUUCAGGGAUUCCAGGACAACACGCCGGGGAGCAAGAUGGAUCCCACGGAUCCGGAGACUUUGUCUCGCCUGACCGAGGAGCAAAGACAAUUGAUUCAAGAGAAGAUGGGCGGACGGAGACCAGCUUUCACGAGCGAAGUGGCCGGUGUUGUCGGUAUGUUGGCCACUGCCGAUGGUCAGUGGUGCACCGGAAGCUUGGUCUGCGCCAACGGUGGCAUGAAGAUGACGAUGUGA